GAAAUGUAAUGACCCCAAAUUUCUUCAGGUAUAUCGUCUGAAUAAAGAAUCAGCUCAACUGGCCAAGAAAGCAGCACAAGAAGUAGAAACAUCAUCUGGUACGGCAAAGUUACGUGUUGUCCUGCAAUUGUAUUUGCGCUUCCUAUAUGUUUAUAAAGUGUCUUUGUUUAUAAAGUGUCUUUGGCUUUGUUUAUAAAGUGUCUGAUAUGAAUUAUUUGUACAGGUAUUCCUCGUUUUGUGGCUGGUGCUAUUGGACCAACGAACAAGACAUUGUCUCUGUCACCUUCUGUCGAAAAUCCAGGAUAUCGAAAUAUUAGUAAGUGACUCAAUAAGAGUAGAGAGUAGAGACGGAGGACAUGUAUGGAAGAAAUCGAGCAAAGAAUGGAAAUUAAUAAUUCUGAUAAUUCUUCUGUAUCAGGGUAUCCACGGGCCUUGAAAAUCCAGGAAAGUCCUUGGAUUUGAAAAAACAUAAAUCCAGGCUUGGAAAGUUCUUGAAAAUUAGUGCAGUUUCUUGAAAGCCCUGGAAUUUCUUUCCAGCUAUGCGGCUAAUACUUGAACAUUAUUUAGACUAUUGAUUUUGAAUAAGUAGUGUUUCAAAGAGCAAAUUAAAAUCCGUGCCAUAUCGAAAGAUUUUUCCGGUUUCAGGUCCUUCAAUCUACUAAAAAACAUCCUUGUAGUAAUAUUUCAAAUCCGACAAUGAUGACAGGACUAGAUUUCAAGUCCGUGAAAUUUGUUCAAAUCCGAGGCGAAGUCGAGGGCUGGAUCAAAAUGCGAGGACUUGAAAUCUAAUCCAGUCCGAAUUGUAGAAUUUGAAAUGACAUCUCAUACGAAUAAAUCACUACUUAAAAUGAGGUGAAUUAAUUUUGAUCCAGUCCUAGGACUGAAUUAAUCUUCAUCCAGUCCUAGGACUGGGUCAAUAUACUUCGCCCUACAGGUAUCCAGUAUUAUCAUGUGAGCAAAAUAUGAGUUUGAGAUAAUUCCUUGAAUUUCAUCUUCGCUAAAGGGUGGAAACCCUGUCUGUGUAUAAUUGAUGCUUGUACAAGCGAAAAUUCUUAUAAUCGAUUGUGUUUGUUGUUUUCUUGCCCACAGCGUUCGAUGAACUUGUUGAAGCAUAUUCUGAACAAGUACGAGGAUUGCUUGAUGGUGGAUCAGAUAUUUUAUUGGUGGAGACCGUGUUUGAUACAGCUAAUGCUAAGGUAAAGUUUUGAUAAUGGGCAUUCUCACCCACUGAUCGCAAAAGCUAUAACUGCAUUACACUACAGCAAAAAAUGAAGCUACUCCAAACGUACCGUGCGGGAACAUGUCUCGUUCUAUUAACUUGAUAACUGUUCAUUAUUUUGGCAUGGAAAGCAUCUCAAACCAGAAAUUUGUACCUUAUAAUAUGUUGGAGUAGUUCCUAGUUGGUGUCUUAGACUAGUAUAAUGGCUGGCUUCAAUUUCAACACAAUAGUCUACACUUUUCUAUAGAUUGAUGGUGUCUUUAUCCUGUCUGAAUCUUUUCACUUUAGGCAGCUCUUUUUGCUAUCAGUACAAUAUUCGAAAGUUAUGAACCUGUUCCAGUUUUUGUAAGUAUCAAUUUUGGGUUGGAUGAUAAAAACACAAAUCUUCGUAACAUAUAAUGUACUGAUCAAUAGCAUAAGAGAUGACAAUUUUUUUAAAACAUUAACAAACUGUUUCCUUCAGGUUUCUGGAACGAUUGUUGAUAAAAGCGGACGUACGUUGUCAGGUCAAACUGCUGAAGGUUUUAUAACCAGCGUAUCUCAUGCUGAACCAAUGUGGUAGGUUCACUACACUGGGGAAAAAAUGUUAAAUCCAUAUUAUGACAUUUGCAUUUGCACCACUAAAUCCAUAACUAGUGUAUCCAUACCAUUUCGAUAUACUAUAUCCAUAGUAUGGAAAUAUACAAUUAUUAAUCCAACUUUGUCCAUACAAUUUCCUUUAUUUUGAUUUUCAAAAUAUUUUCCAGUGCUAUAGCUUAGUAAUAUUGAAUAUAUUCAUAUACAGUUACUUGCCAAUAGUUUGAAUACAAGCCAAAAAAGUUCAAUGUUUUGCAAAAUUCCGUUGCCGACUUUCUCAAUACAUGUGCAACUAUGCACAUGCUCAACUAUCGGGAUAUUCUUUGCUUCUCUAGGCAAAUAUUAAACCAAAAUCGUUACAAUUUUUUUUUGGGGAUUUAUUCCCAUUUUUUCCGAACAACAAUCUCUAGUUCAGUAUAAGUUUUGGCAUACCACAAGGCUUGUUGUACAAUUUCUGGUUGAACAUGUAACAACUUAUUGGGAAAAAGUCUGUAAUGGAAUUUUUAUCUUUGUAGAUCCGGAGCGAGGGGGGGGGGGGUCGACCAAAUGUUAUCCGAAGUGAUGAUAUUUCGCCAAAUCCCCCGAGCAGAGGGCCUAUAUCAAUUAUAUAUUAUACCGAAAGUUAAAGUACCCACUAAGUUGCGAAUGAACUUGCUGAAUAACUAAGCAAUACAAUGUUUAUUUUUUAUUUAUACCCGAGCUUUUUUACGUUUGCCAUAGAACCUAUUUAUACUGAUGAUGUAUACUCGUUCAUCCUCAUAAUAUUAUCGUUUAUCUUCAUGAAUUCAUCUUUCAAACUGGCUUUGAUAUCAAAUUUUUUUUUCUUUUAGUCUUGGUCUGAAUUGUGCUUUGGGAGCUGUGGAAAUGAGACCGUUCAUCGAGUCAUUUUCAAUGGAGACCGAUCGUUACAUCAUUUGUUAUCCUAAUGCUGGUAAAAUUUAAAUAAACCAUUCACGAAUCCUUCGAACAUUUACUCGCGUGACCAUACAAGCUUUUUGUGGUAGAUUUGCAGACUUCUUGCUAUUAGCUCAACAAUUAUAUACUACAUUUUGAUAAAAACAAAAAAGAUGCGAUUGAAGAAAUGAACAACAUGACCGACAUCCCAUAUAAGUUUCGAUCUAUUUAACAUUAAAGAUCAAUAACAUAUAGUUAAUUCAAUUAAGGUUGUCCUUCCAAACACUUAAACCGUAAACUCUGAGCGCGCAAGGGAUGAUGGGUUAUUGCUUAUUUAGACUCAUAAACUUUGAGAUUUGACUUUGCAAGAAUACCUAAGACAUAGCAAAGGCAAUUUUCUGAAUUUAAGGGCCUAUAGGUGAAAACCCAUCAUCCCUUGCACACUCAGAGUUUAAGGUUUUGGAAGGACAACCUUAAUUGAAUCAGCUGUAUAACAAAAAAACACGACGAACUGUAAAAGUCGCUGUACAUAUACCAACUCAUGAAAUCUGUGUCACCAGCUAAUUUGGGACCAUAGAUUUUAAGUGUUAUUGCAAAUGUCUCCAUUUUUAGGUCUUCCAAAUACUUUUGGAGGCUACGAUGAACUACCUGAAAUGACUGCUGCUUACCUAAAGGUAGGACGAUUAGCCUGCGUGCAGGCCCAAGGGAACUGAUAGUGGGCCUGCAACCAUCGCCCGGUAUUUUGUAAAACGCCCCAUUUCAUAACACGCCCCAUUCGCGCGUCAAUUGUCAAAAAUGAACCAAUGACAGCACCCAAAUAUUAACAAACAAACUCGCAUUAAAAUUUGUGGGGUUUUCUCUGCUUAUUCAGAACACUAAUAUUAAAACAAUGUGUAAAUGGCUGCGUUUUAACUCCAAAAAAGCAAGCAACGCAGUCAGUAAUUGCCAAAUUUGCAAGUGCUCAUUUUCAACUAAAAUCGGAACAGGCAAAUUAGGACGAAUUUCAACAGAAAACCAGUCUCAAACUUCAAAUCAUGAGGGAAGUCGUGCGACCACAUUAGGAUUUAUAUUAUGUGUGCUUCGCUGUCGCCAUUGGCAUUGUUAUAAAUAAAUUGUCUCACUUAUCAGAUCGUGUGUGCAAUUCUUGUUGGCGGCGGAAAGUACGAAAUUUAUUUCAUUUAUUUCAUUUGGUAAAGAACUCUACAAAAGAAGAGAGCGUUCCGAGUCCAGAUCGUUUCGUUUCAAACGGCAAUUUAAUACCGCCUUCUGUUUCGCUCUCUCAGCGAUGCCUUGUAAAUCGCAAAGUGUUUCGAAUAGGCUUACAGUCCUUACAUGCAACUGCAUCUUAACAUCAACCAAAAGAUAAUUUUCUUGAGGAAGUGAGAACACAUGAACUGAAGUCUGUUUGAAAUUUAUGAAACUCAAGUAAAGGUUACUAUAGUUUACCCCAGUCGUAAUUUGCUAUUCCAACACCUCACGAGAAGCAAUCCCCAUUGGCAUAACGGCAAAAACAUGUCUUCCUUCAAGUAAACAAUAAACAGUCUGUUCUUGUUCCAUUUGUAAUCGAAAAGUGAUCAAUUUUCAAAUUUUAAGCUUAUCGAGAGCCUUUGUUUAUGCCUUUGUGAUGAAUCACUGUUCCCUUGGGCCUGUACGAUAGGUUAAUUAAUUACCGAUCGCCUCAGCUAGCCAAUGGGAAUUUAGCCGGCGGUUCGGCCGGCGAAAAUCGAAAACAUGGGGUGAUGGUUGCAGGCCCACUAUCAGUUCCCUUGGGCCUGCACGCAGGCUAUAGGACGAUUGACUAUUUCAAAAUGCUGGGCGAUGUAAGCUGCUGUGUGGUUGCGUGUGUAACUUCUGAAUAAUUUUGAUGAUUUCAGCAAUUCGUAAGCGAUGGCUUGGUAAAUAUAGUUGGAGGAUGUUGUGGUACGACCCCGGCACAUAUUAAGUAAGACUAUCUUUGAAUUUUAUUUUGGCAUCCCAUAGUCUGUCAAGAUAUGAUGGUCUGGAAGCUGAUAAAUUUCAAAGGCACAAAAUUUCUGACUUUUGUUUGAUGUUGAACUGUACCUCACUACCUCUCACCGUGCACAAACCCUUUGUCUCAACUUCAUUAAAUAUUACUCAUCGCGGUGCACGUUUCAUCUCAGCUAUCCCUAUUGGACAAUUCCUUCAUUAUACGAAAAUACAAUGAGCUCACUCACCGUGACUGUGCACAAAUUAAAAUAAACUUAGACGGAAACAUAACACAGUGACUUCUGUCCAUCAUAUCUUUAUAGACUAUGGAGUACAGUAUGGGCAUCCAUAUUGAAUGUAAGAAUUCUCUAAUACAGGGUGUAUAAAAAAAAACUGAACAGAUUUGAAAUUGCUCUCAAUUUCGCAAAACACCUAUUUGUAUCCGGUCUUUUAUAUAUAUAGCUUCUUUGGGUACUUAUAAUGUAGAAUAAUGAAAAAAAAUUGUCGAACUCAAAUUUUGUGAACCGGGGGGUGUGUCUUUUCCAACAAACUAAAAAUGGCUCGCGCACAAAAUUUAAAAGUUGUAAUCAUAUUUUGAGUUAAUAAAUGGAAACUUUGUCUGGUUUUUAAUUACUGUACAAAAUUUCAGAUAAUUUGGUUUAGUUUAAGCCCUUUAACUAUUCACGCAAAGUUACAUUUUUCCUAAAAAUCAGCUACUAAUUUGCAUAUGUCAGCAAUAUGCAAAUUAGGUAGAGGCAUUAAUUAAGCAUGCGAAAGGCUGAUUUUUUAGAAUAAAAUGGCCUUAAAGGCCUUAAACUAAACCAAAUUGUCUGAAAUUUUGUACAGUAAUUAAAAACCCAACAAAGUUUCCAUCUAUUAACUCAAAAUAUGAUUACAAAUUUUAAAUUUUGUGCGCGAGCCAUUUUUAAUUUGUUGGAAAAGACACCCCCUGGUUCACAAAAUUUGAGUUUGAGAAAUUUUUCUCAUUAUUCUACAUUAUAAGUACCCAAAGAAGCUAUAUAUAUAAAAAACCGGAUACAAAUAGGUAUUUUGCGAAAUUGAGAGCUAUUUCAAAUCUGUUCAGUUUUUUUUUAUACACCCUGUAUAACUAUAUUUCUUGCAACUGUUCCAGAGCUAUAAAGGAGGCUGUCACUCCAUACAAGCCGAGAGUUCCACCGAAAGAUCUCCACAGCGAUGCACUUCUGCUAUCAGGUAUCAAUGAGAAAAAAUAUUGGCAGGAGAGAAAGUUUUAAAAAUGAAAAAAAAAUUGUACCUGGAAAAGAAACAUGCUUGCACUUGUUCCUUUUAUAUAGGUCUCGAGAGGACACUUGUUUCAAGUGACUCGCUUUUCCUCAAUAUUGGUGAAAGAUGCAACGUUGCAGGUUCUCGUCGUUUUGCUAAGCUUAUCAGAGAGGGACAGUAUGAAGUAUGUUCUAUGUGAAUAAAAAUUAAAUAAAAAUUAAAUAAAAAUUUAAGAAAUAGAAAACAUUUUUCGUGUUGCUAUGCAGUUAUAAAAUGAAUCAUAAAAUGAAUAAAUUUGUUUUAAGGAAGCGUUGAAUGUCGCGAGAUUGCAAGUUGAAAAUGGCGCUCAAGUUCUGGAUAUCAAUAUGGAUGAAGGUCUCCUGGACGGUGUUGCAGCCAUGGCAAAAUUUGUUAACCUGAUUGCAUCUGAACCUGAGAUUGCAAAGGUAUAGUUACUUCAUAUAAAUAGGGGCGUCUGCACUCGGGACUUAUCAAGAAUUCAAGAUUUUUGCGACUACCGGUAGGCGCUAUGCUAUCAGUGAUUUCUGUUCGUAAUCGAACGACGUUAAGAAAUUUUUCGUAAACAUCGUAAACAGUUUUCAUGCCUCUUUCCCCAGCUAAUUCCAGUUUUUUUUCUAACAGACCGUAUCGCUAAGUCCCGUGAGUAGAUAUACAUGUAGAGGGUUUCAAAUUAAUAUUUUGGCUGACUGUCUUAUAUUUUAUUCGUUGAGUUUGAAAAUUGAUUUUUACCAUUUCUUCACUUUUAUUUAAAGGUUCCUCUUUGUAUCGACUCAUCAAAUUUCGCCGUAAUUGAAGCUGGUUUAAAAUGCACUCAGGGCAAAUGCAUUGUGAAUAGUAUUAGUUUAAAGAACGGCAAGAAAGAUUUUAUUGAGAAAGCCUCCUUGAUCAAGAAAUAUGGUGGCGCUGCUGUUAUUAUGGCGUUCGAUGAAACGGGUCAGGUAUGCCUUUGUAACCGCGUUUGUAUGUGUGACGGUGUGUUUGUCGGUCAGCAAAAAUAUCAAACGUAUUAGGGACCGGUCAUAAAGUAACUGCUAGGGUGGGCUGGAGUGAUUUGGGAUGGGCCAUGGAAAAUCUUUGGGCAGUUUCGAUGGGCCGCCAAUUUUUUGGUAUGUCCACGGUUGGGCCACCAAACAAAAACCCAUGUUAAAUAUAUUACAUAAAGAUAUUAAUAAUAAAAGUAAACAAAACUAUUCAAAUUAUCAAAUGCAAAUGAUGCUAUUGAAGCAGUACUUUGUUUUAUACAACAACAAGAAGUGGUCGAAUCACAGCAAAUACAACCAACUGGAGAGUGGAGAGCAAUUCAGUAUCGUAAUUGGCGAUGAAUGUGUUGGUCAAGCUUGGUGGAAUUAUGUAUGUCAAUACAGUGCCGGUGUAUAUUUACAAUGUUCAUACCUGCAAGUUUUUUUUGUUAUAAAAUUGUAUUUUCCCAAUUUACUGUAGAUUGGGUGCAUGAGUGGGUCAUGAAAUAAUUUUGGCAAGAUUAGAUGGGCUUUGAAAUUUUUAUCUACAUCCUAAGAUGGGUCACCAAACUUAUUGAUUUACCUCCAGCCCACUCUAGCAGUUACUUUAUGACCAGUCCCUUAAUGCGAAAAUCUGUGGGACGAAUGGACAUUGCCCAAGGACAAACUUCACUUUCUAAUUUGCAACAAUUUUAGGCUGCUGAUUGUGAUCGAAAGGUAGAGAUAUGUACUCGAGCCUAUCAUAUCAUGGUCAACGAAGUGAAGUUUAAUCCAAAUGAUAUCAUAUUUGAUCCCAAUAUCUUAACCGUUGCCACUGGCAUUGAAGAACACAAUAAUUAUGGAAAGUAUUUUAUCGAGGCUACAACGUUUAUAAAGGUAGGUGUACGAUGUUCGAUGGGGAGGAGGGGAGGGGGCCGGUAAGAGCAUCUCUCGUAGUGGUUAGGACGUGUGACUCACUGGGGUUUAAUCACUGCGAUAUACAGUUGUUUAAUUAUAUGAUAUUUCAUCACAGUCGCUCGUGAGAAGAGUGCUUCUAGUUUGACUCUAUCAGACACCGCGAGUUUCAUCUACCGGGUGUCCAAAAAAAACUGGACACUGUUUGAUAUCAUGUAACUUAAAUUUGUAAAUGAAAUAAAGAUCAUUGCAUUCAGGAAGGACUAACUUAGAUUUUGAUAUAUAACACUUGAAUUUACAUGCAAUAUUGAGCGAGAUACAACCAAAAUAAAAAUAUUUAUUAUUUAACAAGUAUAACUACAUCGGUAAUUAUAAGGUUGUUGUUUUAUGCUAAUUUUUGACAUUUUCAAGUGCUAUAUAUCAAAUUCUAAGUUAGUCCUUUCUGAAUGCAAUGAUCUUUAUUUCAUUGCGAUAGCUUUUAUAGCUUUUACGUUUCAAACAGUGUCCAGUUUUUUUUGGACACCCGGUAGUAUAUUCUAGUUUCCUCCUCUAGUAACGUUGGACCGAUAAGGAAUGUCCCCCAAACCUGAUAUUGGAAAAUGUUGGAUCAGAAUUUAAUUUUAACAUUGUCGCUAUACGAUGUUGUAACUGUAAUAUGUUUUUCUUAUUUAGACCAACCUACCCCAUGCUCGCGUCAGUGGAGGGUUGUCGAAUUUCUCGUUCUCAUUUCGUGGUCUGGAUGUAAUCAGAGAAGCGAUGCACAGUGUCUUUCUUUAUCACGCUAUCAAGGUAAAACGCUAAAGAAAAAUCUAUGAAGACUGCUUCUUCAAAGAGCAGACUAUGAAAUAAUUAACACUUAUUGAAUGGGGUUGAGCAUGAUAUAAGAAUUAUCAAGGUCGAAGUUUGAAGCAGUCGUCGGGGAAAAUUGUGAGCAUGGUCCGCAUUCUACUAUGCGAACAACUUCUUUGCAUGUACUAUUUACAAUAUGAGCAGCCGUGUUGUAAAUGACUUGUGAAAUAUCUUGAUGAGAACAUUUAUAUUCUUCAACAAUUUAAAAUAAAUGAACGAUAUUUGGUGAGAAAAUUGAACUUAAAGGUUAUGUAAAUCAGCACGAUUCUGUAUCAGAUAUACAAACUCCUUCACGCUCAUGAUUUCUUUUGUGUUUUCUUCAUGAGUUAUUUACGAGUUUCCCUUAAACAAAAAAUGAAAGAAAUAGGAUGAACAAUGAAUGUCAGCAGAGAAAACUGGGCCUGGGGGCCAUUCUCGGAAUUUUCCUGCGAAGUUGCAUUGCAAGUUGCAACAAGUGCACAUGUACAUGGCCUAUGUUCGAUUCCAUUUGUACAUUACGAGUAAUAGUCCCUCACGGCUGAGCGCAAAAAAGAAACAUCUUACCGAACUUUUCAUUUAGUCGAAAACAUCACUUGUUUCAAUCAAAACCCUUUAUUUAAAGCCCCGCCCAAACGAAGUUGACCGCCAACUCUCAACUUUGAGCCGGUUCAAAUUUCGAUGAGAGUUUGUGGGAUUUUUGAGUCUUUGACAUCCAGAUAUAUCCAGACAUCUCUCUUCAACUCUCGUGCAACUCUUGUUCUCGUUUGAACGGACACGAGUCAUGCAAACUCUCGCAUCUCAACUCGUCAUUAACUUUCAUUAUUGUUUGACCGGAGAUUAAGUCCAAUAUUAUUUUUGACCUACCAGGCUGGCCUUGAUAUGGCGAUAGUGAACGCGGGAAAUCUGCCUGUGUAUGACGACAUUGAUAAAAGAUUGCUGGAACUCUGUGAAGCCGUAUUAUGGAAUACUGAUCCAAACGCCACAGAAAAACUACUGCAGCAUGCACAGGUUUGUUGGCCAGACUUUAUUGAAUGCCGUUUGCAGGUUGUUGUGAGAUGAGUACCUCCAGUUUGACUCUAUAUACGAUAACACAAGAAAAUAUGAUCAUAUCAUGACACCUGCAUUCCGGGCGAUUAGUUGACUUCCAGUUAGAGAACACCUUCAAUAUAGAGAUUCACUGAUGACUUAUAAAUGUAUGCAUGAACUAGCGCCAUCUUCCUCAAACGCAACGAGAUUCACGAUUUAAACACGAGGAAUAAGGAAGAUCUGAAUAUUCCACCAUACAAAACAGCGGCAGGGCAAAAGAGUUUCCAUUAUAGAGCUGUAAAGAUUUGGAAUAGCAUAGACAACGACUUGAAGAAAUUACCCUUAAAAACAUUCAAAAGUGAGUUGAGGAAGAAAAUGUUAAGAAACAAUUAACAUUAUUGAUUUUUUCUGUGUUGGUGUAAUGUACUCAGGUGAAUAAGAUGCUUGUUAUGUUACUCUGAGUGUAUAUCCACACCGGGCAAGCUUGAAAAAUAUGCCUGGCCACGAAUUAACAUUAUUGUAAAGAUUAAAUAUUUUAUAUAGAACUUUUAUAUAGAAAUUUUAAAUUUUAAAUGUAAACAAGUAUUGAAAAGCCCGGGUAGGGAAUACUGUAUUUUAUAAUAAUAAUAAUACCAAACACAUGACCUUUAUUAGAUCUGUAUAGGAAGAACAGUUAAGAACUAAUACAGCUAUCAUAGUAUUGGUUUAGUUUAAGUUUUCUCAUCGUGAUAACACUUGACGAUUUAAAGAAUGACCCUUAUUAGAUCUGUAUAGGAAGAACUGUUAAGAACUAAUACAGCUAUCAUAGUAUUGGUUUAGUUUAGGUUUUCUCAUCAUGAUAACACUUGACGAUUUAAAGUACAGUAUGACUCGUAUUAGAUCUACAGGAAGAACAGUUAAAAACGUAUGAGGUAUCCUGCUUAGUUUUUCCAGUUCUCUUGAUAAUCUAUUUUCAAUUUUUUAGUCUCUGGGUAAAGGAGCGAAGAAACAAGAAGUCAGUGAUGAAUGGCGUUCUGGAUCCCCCGAAGAAAAACUGGAAUAUGCUUUGGUUAAGGUUGGUAGGUUUACACAGUAUUAUAAUUGCAUCAUACUUCCCAUCAGUUCCAAAUUUCGUAUUCUAAUCUAUUCUAUUCAUUCCUAUGAUGGGAAUUUCGAGUAAAAGUCCAUUAAACAUGGUUCAAUUAACCCCUGAACAGAGAACAUUCGUAAUCAAAACCUUUUACGAAACAAAUGGCUUGCAGCAGGCUCGCGUUUCUUUUGGAUUGACGAACUUUGCAUAAUUAAUGUCUGUUCUUUCGUCGUAUGUAAAAAUUUAAUUGUUUAGCCACGUUUAUGAAUAUGAUGCACGACAGCCUGUUGAAUUUCCAUAGCGUUUUUUUUUAGACACCCUGUAAAUGUUUAAAAAUUCCAUUCCAAAUUUCCAAAUACAAAUUUCUUCAACAAUUAGUUAUAUCGAGUGGGAUGCCAAAAGUCCUGAUAUUUAUUCAUUUUUAUGGACCUAGGGUAUCGAUAAAUAUGCUGUGGAGGAUGUUGAAGAAUGCAGACAAAAUUUUGAACGAUAUCCACAUCCUCUGAAAGUCAUUGAAGGUCCUUUAAUGAAGGUGAGAUGUACCAUGUUGUUCAAUUUUCAUAUUUAUGUCGUAAGUGUUCCAACCAAUCCAAGAACUCUGAUACAAUUUCUAUGAAAUCUGUACUAACUCGGGUUUCUUUUACUGAAUAUCAGGGCAUGUCAAUCGUUGGUGAUUUAUUUGGAGCAGGGAAAAUGUUCUUACCACAGGUAAGAUUAUUUAUUAACAUUGCAUUGAGAAUAAGAUAUCGUAUAAAAAACAGUUUUUCUUUAGCUAUAAAUGGGUAAAAAGGUGUAUAAUUUACACUCGGCCAAAAUCCUGAUAUAUGUAGUAAAAGAUCUCAUCUUGAUCAACUUGCUUCCAUAAUGAAAAAGUUGAUCAAGAUGAGAUUUUUACUAUAAAUAUAUUACAUUUCUUCCUAAAAUCAUAUUUGGAUUAUUGGGUGCAAAUAUCAGAUUGACAAUUAACGAUUAACAUAAAAUGUAAAUUAAAAUGUUUAUUUCUUAUUAUAGGUGAUCAAGUCAGCUCGCGUAAUGAAGAAAGCUGUGGCUCAUCUUGUACCUUUCAUUGAGGAAGAAAAAAAGGGAAAAGAACAAGAAUUGCGAGCGCAAGGAUUGUGGGAUGAAAAUGUAAGUUUGUAUUGGGGAAAAAACUCUUCUGCUUCUAUAUUAAGGUGUCGUCCAUAAUUAUCGGCAACAUUUUCACAAGCGUACAAAGAGCUGAGGUCCGCUAUUCCGUAUAGGUAAUGUCUAAAAGGGAUGGGCGAGAGGUAGCUUACGAGAUGAUUCCAAAAUUGAAAUAAGAGUUUGCGUUAGUAUUAAGCCGGUUACAGACGAGCCAGUUUUCUAUAACAAGUUUUUAUGUGACAAGUUUUAUUUGCUCGUCUGUACGCACAACUUUGACAAUUUUUUCUAUGACAAGUGUACUUGUUCAAAAGCUAGCAUGCUAGCUUUUGAACAAGUGCACUUGUCAUAGAAAAAAUUGUCAAAGUACAAAUUUUGUUCGUCUGUCAACAAAGAAAACUUGUCAAAGUAAUCUGAGCAUUUGAUGUGAUUGACCAGCGGACUAUUGUGAUUUUUCUCUCAUGGCGGCGAUAAACACCUUUUCCUGACACGUUCACACCAGCAAAUAAAACUUGUCAUAUGAAAACUUGUCAUAUAAAAUUUGUUGCAUAUACACACCUGCACUUGCCAAAUAAAACUUGUCACAUAAAGACUUGUCAUAGAAAACUUGCUCGUCUGUAACCGGCUUUAGGGUUAGUUUGUGAGUUAGGGUUAGGUGUGGGGUGAGUGUAAGAGUAAGAUUUAGUAUUGUUGCAAAUGGCUGGUUGUUGAUUCUUUUACGUUUUAAUGAUCUUGAAAACUGGCGGCCAUCUUGAAAACCUGCCUGUAGUCCAUCCCCUUUAGCCACAACCAUUCCUUAUCUCCACAGAAAUAAUGUAUUCCCCAAACUGCAUGGACAGCAUGGUAUACUUCUUUUUUAUGUUAUACUUAUAUUUCCAUAAACCGCUAAAGUAUAAAUCUUUAAAAAACUGACGAGUUAGCAUAAUCUUCGAACAUGUGUAUUUUUCACGCAGAAACGGUUCAAUGGCACAAUUGUCAUAGCGACAGUCAAAGGAGACGUCCACGAUAUUGGAAAGAAUAUCGUUGGGGUUGUAUUAAGAUGUAAUAACUACAGGUAAACAUUGAAUGAAUAUUGUGCGGAGCUGCUUGUCUACGUAAAAAAACAGCCUCAAAUCUCAUUUUUUGAAACAUUUUAGAGUGAUAGAUCUUGGAGUGAUGACGCCUUGUGAAAAGAUUUUACAAACCGCAAUUGACGAACGAGCGGGUAAAUUAACAAUUAACAAAUAGAUUUUAUUUUGGCGUGCAUCGAUCCAAUCUUUACCAGACAAUCAAAUUUUCUCUCACGAUUGAGACAAAAUUUUUAUCAUGCAGAUAAAUUAGUGUCGACGCUAACCAUAGGAACUGCAUGGUCAUGCUAUGCAAAUUUUUUAGAUAUUUGUAUUCAAACUUUUCGAAAUCUAUUGUCUUUAAACUAUUUAGAUGCAGGUUUAUUAGCAUAGCAUGACCAGUUGCCAUAUAUGGCUAGCUUCGCCACUGAGAUAAAAUUAUACUACUGGAGUCGAACCCAGUCUCAGAUUUGCAAAGUUGUUGACUGAAGAUUUUCCAGUUUCUGUACAUAUUAAAGGUGGUUUUCCACUAGGCGAAAUUUUUCGAUCGAACCGAAAUUUCUAUUGUUCAAAUUCAAAAGACUUCUGAUUAGUUCCAUCUGAGUGCUUGUAAGACAAAAGAAAAUUUCGAUUCGGUCGAAACAUUUCGCCUAGUGGAAAACCGCCUUUAGGCACAUUUCCACUCAGGAAAAUUUUCCGCUGAGAAUAAAUUUGGUAAAAUGUGAUUGGCUGAUACAAAUUUUCCGUCGGAAAAAAUAUGAAAAAAACGAUAUUUUCGGAAAAUUUUCUGUCCGUGCAAAUUUUUCUUGAGUGGAAAUGGACCUUAAUGCAACUAUACCCGAAAAAGUACAACAACGAUUUUUCGAAUGAAGGCUCCUUUCUGCUGCACUAUAUAGAGAAGUCUUGACUGAAUUCAGGAUCGGUAAUCGCUGCCACAAACUGACACGCAAGAUAAGGUAGCUCACGGUAGCUCGUCAUCACUGAGCAUGAAUAUUAGGGACCGGUCAUUAUUUAUGGCGGGGGGUGGCACCGAAGAGAAAAGGGUUGGGUAAACUAAAUUUUGAGUAACUAAAAGGUUGGGUAAAUGAAAAACAAAACAACUCAAGGGUUGGGUAAUAAAAAGUUAUUGUCAUUUCCAAAGCAUGACUCACUUAAAUAUUGGAGACUGAAAAGCAAUGUCAACAGUCAUAUGUCAAUACAAUAUGUGAAUCAAUCAGAGUCACUAUCUUGAUCAUUUUCCGAUUUGUUGGGAGACAAAUGGUGUCUCCAAAGAAAGUACAUGUACAUACAAUAUGAAAGUUUAGUUAUCAAACUUGUGUCACAAAAGUGGUAAAGGACAUGUGUGACAACUGAAUGGUAUUCUUUUGUAAAGGUUUUGGCCAGGGGUGUGGGUAUUUAUUUUUUAAUUGGUACUUGAGGUUGGGUAAUCAAAUUUUUUGCUUUUUAAUGGUUGGGUCGGCAAAAUUUUUACCACGAAAAACAUUUCUCUUCGGUGCCACCCCCCACCAUAAAUAAUGACCGGUCCCUUAAUGAGGUGAACUGCUAUUGUAGAUUAUUUCGAGAUACGAUCGGCAAAAUUUGAUUUUUGUUGGUAGAAAAGGCUAAAGGGCCGAAAAUGAUACUAGAUAACUCAACAAUAAUUUAGGACACAUUAAAGUUACAGUUUUGAGCCUUAAUUUGUGGCAAAUAUAAAAUCAAGUAAAGCAAAACAGAAAGGGCGCGAAAAUUUUUAUUGAGCCCACGAUGCCAUGCAAGAAUGUUCAGCGACAUGCAUGGCCAUUUUUCCCACUCAUCGAAACACUCUUCCUACAGUCUUUUUAAGAGUUUUUACUGAUGGUUCUGUAUUUCUAUUUUAGAUAUUAUUGGUCUAUCAGGACUUAUAACUCCAUCUUUGGAGGAAAUGAUUCAUGUCGCUAAAGAAAUGGAAAGACAAGGUUUUAAAAUACCGUUGCUUAUUGGUGGUGCAACUACAUCUAAGUUAGUAGAUUUAUACUGUGUUGUGUCGAUUAACAUCUAACAUUCAAAGAAUAGUAUAUCAGAGACAGGUUUGCCAUGAAAACAAAUAAAAUGCCACAUAAACAAAUACAUCUUUUCCUCUUCUAGAACUCACACUGCAGUAAGGAUUUCCCCAAGGUAUUCUGAACCGACUAUUCACGUUUUGGAUGCUUCGAAAAGUGUUGUUGUGGUACGUUCUUCUUUUGACCUGUUGCUUGGAAUUUGAGGUUCCUUGUCAUUUAAUUUAGCAGACAACAUCCUUGUUAGAUUCAAUUAUUUCUAACAUGGGAGGCACAGCGGUUGAUGCUUGCGUCUUUCAUUGAUGCGAAUCUGCGAUCAGGCUUCGAUUCAAUGUGCAGUUGUCUGAUUAUAAUUUCAUGUGAGAAAUUGAUUCCAUUUUGACUCUACUAGACACCGGAGGUUUCCUCUGGGUGCUCCGUUUCUUCCUCUAAUAACACUGGGCUUUUAUGAGCCCAGAAAUGAGGUAGAACUACUAUACUGUAUGGCUCAUAAGAGGGCCAAAACCCGAGGAGUCAUAUAUAGAAGCCCCCGCGCGUAUAUGUAUGUGCAUGUGUUCGUAUAAGGUUUUAUAUUGGAAAAAAUCUCAGUUUUCUGAGUCUAAGGCCGCAAAGGAUCUCCGGGUAAUUACCGCAGGUAGUAUCGGUAAUGAAAAGGAAAUGAUGGAAUUUUAACAGAAUUUCAAAGGAAUUUAGCAAAAUGCAAUAUGCAAACACCAUUGGCAAACACUGAUACACGUGCGAACAUAGAAAAUGCAGCCACCUUUCUGGUGUUUGUCAGUUCACCCAGUUGGAAGGAGACACAGAUUGCAGAGGUUCAUCAAACCGGAGCAGAUGUGGUGUCAACUAUUACUAGUAUUAGCUGUAGUAACUCUGAAACUUUAAGGGACGACCCUUACUGGACCUCAACGAAGAACAAUUUAGAACUGAUAGAGCUAUAUCCAGUUUAACGCUUAGUUUAUUGUUCUCCUGUGCUAACACUGGACUAAUAAGGCCUUUGUUGGACAAGGAGAACAAAUUUGGAACUCGUGUAGGUACCCAUAGCAGUUUCAUUUACCUCAAUCCUCUUGUGAGGAUUGAGGUGGUAAAUGAAACUACUAUGGAUACCUACGCGAAUACCCGUAUUAAUGCAAUACAAUAUACUGUACUGGUUUUGCACUGUUGCCCAAAUAGGCAAUGUAAUCCAUUGUAAAUAAGUGACAAGCUUGUGAUUCGGUUGAAGAUUAAAGACAAACAUAUUUGUGCACGAAUAUAACUUUUAUGCAUGUGCCUGCAUGGCAUGCUAAAAAAGUCAAAUGUGGAAACGAGGCCAUCGGGGCAAAAGUGUAAUAAACAGUCUAUUAUUAUUCCUCAGUGUGGAAUGCUUCUUAAUGAAGAAGACAAAGAAGAAUACUGUCAAGAUAUCACUGAAGAUUAUGACUUUUUACGUGCUGAUCAUUAUGACAGUAUAAAGGUACACCAGCUGGUAUUACUUGAAUCUUUUUAUCAUUUACCAUUAAGACUCCAGGUCACACGAACUCGAUUAGAGUGGAUGAGAUUUCCAACUGUCGCUCGCGUUUGACCGUCAACAUUCAUCGACUCUCAUGCACUCUCAUUGUUUUUGUAUUUGCCGUUGUCGACUGCCAAACACCAGAGAGCUUAAGCGUGUAGGACGGCAACACGACGACGACGGCAACCAAUAGAAUGAGUCAAUGAAAAGAAAGAAAUAAUUAAAGUCCCGGGGGAGUUUCAGACGUAGUCGUCGCUCUGUUUACAACGGCAAAUCACAGAUUUUCACGUCUUGUACAACGCCUGCAUUUCAAGCCGUAACAAGUGCAACUUAAAAUUCGGUUCAAUAGAACUCUUCCCAAACAUAAAGCCAGUGUUUUCAACUUCUUAUACUGUAUUAAAUUCAUACGAAUUAUAAUAUACGACAAGUUUUCUGUACUAUCAUUUAUUUGAAGGAAUUUGUUUUGGCCGUCGUCGUCGUGUUGCCGUCCUACAUGCUUAAGCUCCCUAACCUAAGGUCUCUAUUACUGACAUACGGCACACGUAAAUAACAACAAGAAAUGAAUAGAUGGACUAACAAGUUUUGACUGUUAUUUAGGACCGUAGGUAUUUAACCCUGACUGAAGCAAGAAACAAGAAACUCGCUCUUGACUGGACAACAUUUAAAUCAGGUAGAUUGUGUAGUAUAUUGCAUUCAGAGAGAAACCUGCUGACCUAACCGCCUCGCGUGGCUACUAUACAAUCUGGGACAACACCCCAUGAAGUUCAAUGUUGUAAACAACGCCGAAACAACUUCUGGUAAUUUACAAUUACACAAGCUCAACAUUGAGUUGGGGGAGCGGGGGUUGAUAUAAGCGGAACAUGACUCAACAUGAAAUUUAUCAUAAGGGGUAUGCGAAUUUUGUAUAGAGAGAAAAGUAGUCUCAACCAUUUAUGUCCAAGAUUGUAGCUCAGCUAGGGAUUUUCACCACAGACGUUGGGGGAACUGCUCAACAACAACAUUGUUGCAGUCAUAUUUGUUGUAAUUGAAUACAAAAUUUCACAUUUUUUGGCUAUAAUAGCAUUCAAUAGAAGAAAAUCACUAAUCACCCGUUUUCAGGAGUUAGCAGCAAAAUAGCGAUGGCCCCACUUCAAAUAUCUAUUAAGCAAAUAAAACUACAUCAAUUGUAAAAGUUUGAUGCUUUUAACAUCAACGAGAAGUACUGAUCAAUAAUUUUACACAUAUCCGCCUCACUAUCAAGGUCCCGAGAGGUUAAAUCCUCACUAAAACCAUAGAUUAUAGAUCAUACCAGAUGUCUCACUGUGUAUCUAUCCCUAUGAUUUUCGUGUCCGCGAUUUUCGCGAGGCUAUCACGCCAGAUGACGCGUGCGACACUUACGGCCAAAAUGGCGCUCACUGCCAAAAUGCGUGAUUGCUCCAUAGAUAUCUUAUAUACACUAGAUAACGCAUCUCUUUUAGUAAAAUUGAAGCCAAGAAUAUUCCAGCGGUUACCCCCAUUUGAAUAGAUGGCGGCCAUGUUGGUCGUUCCCACUUGCUAAUAAACGCUUAGAAACAACAAUAACUUCCUUCAUUUGAAUAGUUUAAAAACGUAUUUGGAAUAGGGUUAACUUAAUGUUUAAGUUCCCUGUUUAAGAAAUAGAAAACAUACGAAUCUUCUCAUUUUAUGGGAACGACCUGAGACUGCAAUCACGGCUUCAAUUUUUGAAUUUCAGAAUAAUUAGAUGCACUAUCUAGUGUAUAUAAGAUAUCUAUGGAUUGCUCACGUUUCAUGGCGUGGAUUACACUUACUGCCAAAAUGGCGGCCAACGCGUGCUCAUAAAAGAUCGCGGACACAAUUUUGGCUGAGUGAGACAUCUGGUAUGAUCUAUAAUCUAUGCUAAAACUAUCCGCACACGAGAGAGAAACUUGCUGAGUUAAUCGUCACGCGAGGCGGUCACCUCAGCAAGUUUCUCUCGUAUAUGCGGAAGGCUGUUUUAAUAAUAUAGUGUCAAAGGGGUAUAUAUGUUCUCGUCAUCUCUGUGACCGGGCUUCGAUUCGUGGGAUACAGUGAGCUUAUAUCAGUUGUUUUAUAGUUCGCCCAAGCUUUCUUGGUACGGAAGUGUUUGAUAACUACGAGAUUGAGAGGAUUAUUCCAUAUAUCGAUUGGAAACCAUUCUUUGAUGUCUGGCAGUUGCGAGGAAAAUAUCCGAACCGCGGUUAUCCCAAGAUUUUUAACGACAAAACUGUCGGUAAGUCUGCUUUUCUGGAUUAUUUAUUAUCGUAUUUCUCAAAUUUAUACAAUAAUGCCCCCAAAGUGAUCUUAAUUACUCAAAAGUAAAGUGAAUCUGAAAAAAAAAUUGAGUAAAUUUGAAGAAAAAAAAUUGAGUAAAUUUGAAACUCAUAAAUUUAAGUAAUUUUACUCAAAAUUUUGAGUCACUGCAUGUGGGUGCAUUAUUUUUACUGAAGUUUUUGAGUCCAAAUAGUCCAGGAGUAUUUUUCAGUACAGUCUCCAAGUGGCCUGUAGUUUUUCGUGUACUUCAAGUACAAACCACGGCAGAUUUGCGAGGAUUAAUAUUUAGUGCUUAUAAAAUUUCUUAGGUGUGGAAGCGAAGAGGGUAUUUGAUGAAGCUCAAGUAUUACUGAAGAAAAUUAUGGAUGAGAAACUCUUUCGUGCCGUGGCUCAACUCGCUUUCUACCCUGCUAACAGUAUUGGAGAUGACAUCUACUUAUAUCGUCCCGAGGAUGACGGCUGUCAAGAAGUAGCGGCAGUGUUCUACGGUCUCAGGCAGCAAGCGGAGAAAGAGCCUGGGGCAGAUGACCCCUAUGCUUGCCUGUCUGAUUUUGUUGCGCCCUCGGAAACUGGCGUUCGAGACUAUGUUGGUUGCUUUGCGUGUUCUUGUUUUGGCGCUGAGGAAUUGGUGAAGAAGUAAGGACCUGUUUUUUUCUAAACUUUGCCUGCAUACAAAUAUGUUUUUACAGACAUGGAGACUGACACAGAUAAUACAAACACAGACACAAAACGCUGGGCACCCACAACAGGAAAGCCAAUUAGCCUUUCUCACGAAGGCCAAAUUCGCUAUUUUUGAGGUAUUUAACUGUAAAUUAACUUAUAAUGAUCAUACUCACAAUUAUAGUUAUACAAAUCCCUCAGCCUAGACCUAGGCCUUCUAUUUUUAUUAUUUUUUAAUAUUCAGCGCUUUUUCACAUGAGAAGAUACCAUGGCGAUACUUACUAAAUGCUAACCCGAAAUUGACCAAACCUGCCAAAGGCAGCCGAGUAAAGGCCUAGGUCUAGGCUGCAAAUCCCUUAUUCAUUGCGUACAAUCUCAGAUUUGGAAAAGGCAGUACCCCGUGAGACAGGCUAAUUACUGUGGACCUUCAGACGAUACAAUGUCAGCAGAUAACUUAUAAAAACUAGAAACAACAGGUGAGAUCUCGGUCAAGGCUACGACCGAUAUUAGGCUUAACACACACUGAUUUCCAUGUCCGAGGGUCGUCAAUGUCAUGGUAGUUGUUAAGUGCAUGUUUAUAAUAAUUAUAUAGUUUUCCUUAAAAGCAUCUAAUCGUAAGAUCUUGAGCCUAAGAGAGUUUGGUAACAUGUUCCAUACUCUACAUACAAGAUCUUGUUGCUCUACCAGUGAUCCUUUGAGGUGGGCCGGGACAUUCACCAGACCGAAUGGUGUUGGAGAUACCUACAUGCGUAGAUUUCUCUCAUACUUAUUGUUCCGCCAGCCUCCUCCACCUUAUUCUCACAUUUUGCGAUUUACAACAUCGCGUAAUACAAUUUACUGUUUACAGUUGAAUCCCAUGCAUAUUUCAACGUGAUAUAUGUAAAUUAGUAAGGAAGUACAGUAGAAUAUUCUGGUCAUAGCGUCCGUUUGAACGAAUUUUUUUUGUUUCCAGAUAUGAAGAAGCUGGUGAUGAUUAUAGUUCCAUUAUGGUCAAGGCUCUUGCUGAUAGACUUGCUGAGGUAUUAUCAGGCAUUUUUAGCAAUCGCUGUUUCUGAAAGCUAGUACCCAUGAAUUAAUAUUAAAUUCGUAUUAUUAUGAGCUGUACAAAUGAUUCCCAAAGGGUACAAAUAAAUCGUUGCUGUUGUUGUUGCUGUUGCUGUUGCUGUUGUUGCUGUUGCUGCUCUGUUGUUGCUGUUGCUGUUGUUGUUGCUGUUGUUGUUGUUGUUGUUGUUGUUGUUGUUGUUGUUGUUGUUGUUGUUGUUGUUGUUGUUGUUGUUGUUGUUGUUGUUGCUCACUAAGUAACUACACUCUUAAAACACUCUGGUUAAAAUUUCUUGGUUAACUUAGUGAAAUAACCCUAUUUGGUUUAACUCUGGUUAUUGUUACCAGGAAUCUGGUGUUUUUAGAGUGUAAGCUAAAAAAUGAACUAACUUUAUUUGCACUGGAUAUCUCUAUCAGUUCUAAACUAUUGUUCUAGUUUAAUUAUAUUUCCAUCGUUUAUUGAUCCAGUUUUGCUACUUUUAGGCGUUAGCAGAAGAACUCCAUGAGCGAGUUCGAAAGGAAUUCUGGGGUUACAAUAAUGAAGAACAACUUCAAGCCAAAGAUUUACAUAUGAUUAAAUAUCAGGUAAUUACUUCAUCUCUUAAUGCAUAUAUGAAGGGGGGGGGCUCUCAUUUUCUUUUGACCAGGGCUUACCUGUCUAUAAUCGAUAUACCCUCUAAGAACUUUAAUGUCAUCUUUAAUGUAGGGAAUCCGUCCAGCGCCCGGCUAUCCCAGUCAACCAGAUCACACUGAAAAACUGACCAUGUGGAAUUUAAUGGAUUGUGAAAACCAAACUGGAAUUAUACUAACGGAGUCCCUAGCCAUGUACCCCGCAUCAUCUGUUUGUGCUAUCUACUUCGCUCAUCCUAAGUCAUACUAUUUCUCUGUGGGUAAAAUUACUAAAGAACAGGUAAUUACCUUUGUUUGUAUGCGUGUGUGUCUAUGUGUUUGCCUGUCAGCAUGAUAUCAAAAAUAUCAAACGUAUUACAUGCAGUCGAACCUCUAUUAAUCUCACCAAUGUGUUCGCUUGCAAAAGGGGUGUCCGCGCGCUUAGGGGCUGGUUACGGUGUGGAACUUCCCUGCGAGUUCAAGUUUACAGGAGACAGUCCAUAUUGGCAUAAGUCCAUAUUGGCAGUGCUUCUGGUAUGAAACUGUUGACAAUGGUUUGAACAUAUUACUUAAAUAGUCUGAAGCCAAGUUAUUUAAUGAUUUAUAAACUAGGCAAACUACCUUAUACAUAACUCUGUACUUUAUCGGUAAAAUGUUUGACUGUUCGAAAAGUGGUUUAGAUGAAGAAAGUUUAGAUUUAUCAUAAAUUAGUCUUAAAAUAAGAUAACCUUAAUAACCUUAUGACCUUACUACAUAAUAACCUUAUAUGACUCAUGACUGAUCACCCCUACAUUUUUUUUUGCAUGUGUAAUUUUUUUAAUAACAUAUAACAAUAUACUCAAUAUAUGAACAUAAUAAACUUCCUACGCUAACUAACUCCAAAUAAUAUGAUCAAGUUCUCUUGAUUGUCAGAAAUUGUCAAUGUUAUAGCAAAACUAUUGUCAAAGAUCAAAAUAUAUGUUGGCUGAUUGCGGAAGCAAUUUCAAUGUUGCCAGCGUCAAUUCCGUAAAGAACGUGAACAUAGCCAAAUUUCAACCGGUGAACGGGCAUACUCAUGGGCUGUAUGGCCUGCGGAGGAGGUAGUAACAUAGCGGAGAAGAGCAAAUGAUAACUUUGAGCGAAUCUAGUUGGUUGUAAUACUGAUCGCUAUCUUGCGCUUUUCAGCUAUCGAGGAUGCUAGUACUGCAUUACAUAUUACGAUGCCCCUACAUUAUCACUGUCUUUAGCUCAUAAAAGAAUAUGUCUCGACUUAGUUUGAAUAUAUAUACAAUUGCCAUUGUUAUUCCAGGUUAAGGAUUAUGCAGAGAGAAAACAUAUGGGCAUGGAGGAAAUAGAAAGAUGGCUAGCUCCAAUUUUAUCUUACGAGAGAGAAGAGGCUGACGUGGUGGCUUAAAUAUGGUAUUCGUUUUAAAUAUUUUAAAAAGAUAUUUAUUUAUAUAGGGGAACGGGGUCAACGCGUCAGGUACGCCUAUAAGAAUUUUGAUAUUGACAUGGCAUUUCAGACGGACGAAAAAAGUGUUGCCUGUUCAGUACAGACAAAUGACGCAAAACGGCAUAAUAGGCAGAUAUAUGGCUUUUUCGUCUAGUGUAAAAAUCGUAUUAAGAGAGUUCGUUCUUGAAAAAUCCCGAGGAAUAUUAAGAUAAAUGGAUAUAGCAAGAUGUUUAUAGCGAUUCAUGUAUAAAACAAACAAACAAACAAACAAACAAACUUUAUUCAAACUAUAGCCUAUCGAAGGGAACAUGGCUGUGAAACUCAUUAGAAUAACAAUAUAAUUCAGUAUCUAUGUUAGUCAACGUUUAUUCAUAAAUCUGGUCCUUCACCGUCAUGUGUGUAUUGUAUUUUUGCCAAAUCCACCAAUACCAAUUUCCCUAUUGUUUGAGUCACAGAUAGGUAACUUUCCUAAAACAUUGCUAUUGGUUAGUUGGGCAAAAAUACAAUACACACGUGACGGUGAAGGACCAGAUUUAUGA